AUGAAUCAUCCUAUAUUCACAGGGGCUAAGACUUCAAAGGAUCUUGAGGAGUUUAUAGACAAGGUGCAUAAGAUCCUGGUGGCCAUGGUGGACAUUGAUAUUGAGAAGGCUGAUCUGGCUUCCUACAAACUCAAGUAUGUUGCACAGACUUGGUGCAAGAUGUGGCAAGAUAGUCGUGUCCUAGGUGGAGUGGCAGUCACAUGGGAGUUGUUCAAGACAUCAUUUCUGGAAAGAUUCUUCCCCAGAGAGAUGAGGGAGGUGAAGGUUGAGGAGUUCAUUAACCUUAAACAAGGAUCUAUGACGGUCAGGGAGUAUUCCCUGAAGUUUUUGAAACUAUCAAGGUAUGCCACUUCUCUUGUGUCCAACAGCAAAGACGAGAUAAAUAGAUUGUUGACAGGAAUUGCUGAGGAUCUCGAAGAGGAAUGUAGGGAAGUUAUGCUGCAUGACAUCAUGGUUUCUAGGCUUAUGAUCCAUGUCAAGAAAGUGGAGGAAAGCAGAAAGAGGAAAUACACUAGGGUAGGGAACAAGUCAAGGCAAGCUGAGGAGAAUUUUUCAAGGAAGAGUAGUACUGAAAUUAGGGAUAAGCCAAGGUUUAAUAAGGGACUCUUCCAACAAGGGGAGUCAAGUUCAUCCAAGGGUCACCAUGAUAGGUAUUCUGAGUCCAGAGUUAAGAGAAACAAUGAAGUAGAUACACCUCAGGAGAGACCACCUUGCAGAAAGUGUGGCAAACAACAUGGAGGAGAGUGUAUGAGGGGCACUAAUGCUUGUUAUAGUUGUGGAAAACCGGGUCACAUGUAUGAGGUUAGACUUCCUACUCGUAAGGCUUUAGUUCCUUAUCUCUUUGUAUUUGUUGCUAUUGGCUAA